AUGUUUUUGGGCCUGACUUCGGCUGUGUCGUCUCUCUCCAGCGCAUCUCGCGUCCGGUUCUCGCAUCUUAUGUCGCCAGUCAGAGCCUUGGCCACCGCCGCCGCCGAGCCUGACGACAAGGAGCCUGACGCCUGCGAGCUGAUUGGCGAGGAGCCUGCGACGGGAGUCCAAUGGUGGGCCUGCGAGGAGCCGAACGAUGCACUCGCCUGCGAGGAGACGGAGUUUGGCGUAGGCGGUGGGCCGGGUAUCCUGCCUCAGGACGGGCAGGUCCUGUGCAAGUCGUCGCCUCCCAAGCCGGAGCCCGCCACCUUCUUCGGCGUGACCCUCCCGCCAAUGCCGUGGGACAAGGCUAGCUGA